GUCGCCGCAACGGAUAGCGAGGUUGACUGCGGCGCGAUGCGGACAAAGGAGCUGCGAAAGUGGCUGGCGGCUCGAGGGCUCAAGUGUGAGGGGUGCGCGGAGAAGGCCGACUAUGUGACGCUGUGUGAGCAGAACAAGGACGCGCCGCUGCUGCCGCCCGAGGAGCCGCCUGCGGACGCCGGCAAGGGCAAAGACCAGAGCAUCGAGGACCUGCUCGCGUCUAUGAAGGGGAUGCCAGGGAUGGAGGGCAUUAAGAUGUUCACGGCGGACGACCUGAAGAACAUGAACCCGGAGCAGAUGGGCGCGUCCAUGGGCGGGCGCGGCGGCCGCAAGUCGAGGGCAGAGUGGCGAGACGAGCUCGUCGACUUUUACUCGAGGUAUGGGCUCGACGACAAGAUCGCGGGCGUGGACGCGGCGCUGGACAAGUGGAAGGGGAGGGAGAGCCGCAUGUUCGACGCGCUGUACAAGAAGUACGACGUAGAGAUCCGCGCAAAGUCGGACGCCGCCGCAAAGGACGAGGUUUGACGCCUGUCUUCAAUGGCGUCGGGAUUUCUGCAGCAGCGCGAGAGCGCGCGAAGCGCGAGGUCCGAGGACGCUCGCUCGUCUACUCUCUUGUACACAAUACUCCGUAUUACACUCCCUCACCCCUCUCCCGGCACUCUCGGCCCGGGACUAUUGCCACCCGUGUGUCGCCGAUCUGUCACGCUGUCAUCUUAUGAACAUUGAGCAC